AUGCUAGGGUUAAACGCUGGCCAGCACGGCCUCCUCAACGCCGCUGUAGCCUCGGCCAGCACCGGCUCAUCGGCGUUUCCUCGGAUGAUGUUGCCCGACUUGACCCGCGCGUCGGCUUGCAACUCGGUGCCUGGCUUCCACGUGUACCCGCAGCCCUCCCGCCUCUCCGGGGAGUGCUCGCCCGAUGUGAGUGUGUUCGCGCCUUCCACACCCGCGCCCGCGCCCAUCGACCUCAACGCCACCCCGGCGGCCGGUGGCUCGUCAUCCGGUGGCGCGAGGAAACGCGCACGGCAAACGCCGGCCGGCGUGCUCCCGGAGGCCUGCAACCUGUUCGACGGAAUGUCGUCUGCCGUCGACGAGGACUACAUGCAGAACCUCAUCUUCGAGGGCGGUGCGCCGGCCGCUGGCUACGAUCCCGACGAGACACACAGCCAGGACGGCCGUGAGCCGUUCACGCCGGCCGCUGGCUAUGAUCCCGAUCAGGCGGCCUUCAUGCGUGAUCAGGUCGGCAUCGACCUGGACGGCUUCCCACUCGACCAUGAGUUCCCGGACGACUACGGGCUAAAGGAAGAGGACGAGUGCGACAUUGAAGUGGAGCCCUUGUUCGAGGACGAGCUCGCCAACCAAACCGCUGGUCCUAAGCUGAAGCGCAAGAGCAAGCGCACGAAGGCAUACACGGCGGCCGAGGACAAGCUUCUUUAUGAGUGUUGGCGAGACAUUGGACAAGACCCCAAGACCGGCGCCGAACAAAAGCAUUCAACCUUUUGGAUUCGUGUCUAG